CGUACCUCGCUGAGAAUAAAAAGCCAGCCCCACCUAUCUAUCUUGGGGAAUUCCCUUUGCAUGCUUUAGAAUAACAAGCAACGCCCCUCUUUGUUGAACAAGCCCAAAAUACACAAGGAUUGCUCUAAGCUGACUGAGAUUAUAAGUUGUUGCUGCUUGUCAUCAUUAGCUAAUAAAACAAAACUUGAGUCAUCUCACGUCACUCCAGAUUUCUCUCUUGAAAUUAGUGAAACGUAAAAUAAAAAUCUUUGGUAAAUAAUUGCGGAAUCGGAUUAGCGGUUAAAGCAUGGAUAAAUUUAUAACCAGCAUUCGCCGGAAGUAUAGAGAGAGACUCUUAAAUCGUGAAGAGCAAUGGCCACCAGUUUCUGGAGAGAAGCUUAUCAACUUGCAGUUAGUGGAGGCUGACAAGAGAGAAGGAUUUAGAGCCGGCUUGCCACAACAUGGUGCACCUGAUGAUAAGGUCAAACGUACUCCAAUUCUCCAUGGCAAUCUGUUCAAAAAUAAAACGUGCAUUAAACCAGUCAAGAAGCUCAUCGUUGAAGGUAAUGCUGGGAUUGGUAAAACCACACUGUGUACCAUGCUUGCUGAAGGGUGGGCAGAGGGCAAAAUCCUGACACAAUUCGACUGUGUUCUGUUGCUUCCGCUAAGAGAACAUGAAGUAUCGUCUGCCACAAGUCUCGCUGAACUGUUCAAACUUCUCCACUCCAGUGAGGAGAUCCGCACAUCUGUUAUAAAAGAGUUGGAGGACAGAGAGGGAGAAGGUGUCCUCAUCAUAGCUGAUGGCUGGGACGAGCUCAGUGAAGAAAAUCGUUCAAAAUUUUCCUUUCUUUACAAACUUUUCUUUGGUGGUGUUCUUCCAUUUGCUUCUGUUCUCCUCACCUCACGACCUUCUGCUUCAGCUCCUCUUCACAACCUUCCCUCUGUAAAUCGUUUGGUUGAGGUAAUUGGUUUCAAUGAUGAGAAUAUCAAGCAGUACAUAGAAUCAGAGUUUGAGCAAUUCCCAGAGAAAGCUUCUUCUCUUAUCGAGCAGCUUGAGAACAACCCAGUCAUUCAGAGUGUGUGUUCUGUGCCCCUCAAUUGCGCCAUUGUUUGUAACUUGUGGCACACUUUAGAACAAGAGCUUCCUCGUACGCUAACUGAGCUGUACACUCAAAUUGUUCUUAACAUUAUCCUCCGUAAUGUCAAAAAGAAAGUCUCUGAUUGUCCGAUUAGCCUCAAUAGCUUUGAUGAAAUUCCGAAUGAUCUACAAGACACAUUUUGGUUGAUUUGUGAGUUUGCCUACGAAUGCUUAUUAUUAGAUCAGCUGGUUUUCUCAGAAGAUGAUUUGUCCUCUCGCUUACCCGAAGUUGGUGACAAUUUGCUGUGCUUUGGUCUGUUGCAGUCUGCACGAUCACUUCUACCUGUUGGUCAUGGCCUGUCUUUCCACUUUGCUCACCUGACCAUCCAGGAGUUCUUGGCUGCCCUCCAUCUUGCUACUCUACCCAAUGAGGAGAAACUGAAAGUUGUUGAGACUAAUGCUGACAGUGUCCGGUUUGACAUGGUGUGGAGAUUUAUGUUUGGUCUUGCUAGUAAGUACAAUGGUAGUCAUAGCGAUAAGGUGGUCAGUUUGGAUCAUGGUUUGAUGGAUCAAUUUGUGAUGGCUGGAAAGCUUAAAAAGUUGGUUUUAUGUCAUGCUGCUUUCGAAGCUUCAGACUCGGGAUUCUGCACAAAAUUUUGUAAUUUGUAUGGAAUACAUUUAUUAGACGGUAAUUUCAGCACCACUUUUGACUGUGUAGCUGGCUUCUAUGUUCUUCGUCAUGCUGUAAAUUGUGAUGAUAUGGUUAUCAGAAUAUCCCAUUGUGCAAUCGAUGAUAAACCGUUGAAGGAACUAACAGACAUACUUUCCAAUGCGAAUGGUAAACUGCAAGUCACACAAUUAUCCCUCCAGCAGACUAAGUUGUCUGACAAAGGUGUUGCUGAUCUAUUCAAGAGAGCCUCAGCUGCUUUUACAGAUUUACAUGUACUCUGGUUGGAGCAUAACAACUUCACUUACGUCAUGUCUUCAUUCAUGCACACAUCUUGUACGAGCCUCACACAACUGGACUUAUCUCACAACCCUCUCGGAGUGUCUGGCAUACAAUUAUUAGAUACAGCUGUACAGUCUGGUGCUCUUAUCAACCUGAUGUUACUGUGGCUAGCCAACACCCUCACUGAUGAUGCUGACGUUAAUGGAGCUCUACUGACCACCCUCUUACAGUCGAUUGCCCCUCAUUGUCCUGAUCUGGUAGAAUUACACCUCUCUAAGAAUAAUCUUGGUUUACCUGGAUUAUGUUCAGUUGUGGAGAACAUUCCGUUACGAUUGAAUAAGAUUGUCUUAUCAGCUACCCAUCUCACCACUUCAUUUCACUCGGAGUCUCAAUACACAGUCACCUGUGAGAUGCUGAAUAUCAACCCAAACAGUUUAGCAGUGAUGGACUUGUCUGGUUCCAAUUUCAGUGGAACUGCUGGAACUCUCUUACUGGCAAAGUUUCUUCAAGCAUUUCCAUAUCUGGAAUGUCUUCACUACUGCUGGGAUUGUUCUUUCACCUCUGCUGACAUAAUAAUGCUUAUCCACCAUCUCAAGUCCGCUAAUGUGAUAUGUAAGAAAUUAAAUACGUUGUAUCUCAACAACAACUCCAUUGAUGAUGAGGGAUUGAUAGCUCUCACUGAGUGUCUACCAGAGCUGUUUCCUAGACUGAAGGAGUUCAAUGUCAGUAACCUGGAUGGCAAUCCUGUGAGCGAGGAGUUGAUGCUCAUGUGCAAUGAACACUUAAAGACCAUACGGGAAUCAAGGAAUUCUGCAGUGCUGACUGAGUGGGAGAGAACAUGUUUACCUCCACAAAAUGAAGAGAUGAAUUGUACAUUUCAUUCUCUUUGGGAUACGCUACUGUCGAAUAUGAUUGACAAGGCUGAAGAGAUAUCUUCAGCUGUUUUCGACAGCAUCCUUUCAUGGCCAACUGCUAACGAACCAGCGGAAUACAACCAAAUAGUUUAUGAGGUUGUGGAUACAGUGGACACUCCUAGUGAUGUCACUGAUCCAGACACUCUCAUCAAUGAACAGAGCUUCUCUCAAGCAUCACCAGUAGAGCACCACCCCACAGCUAGUGACGAGGCUACUUGUACUACAGCCCUGCAGUCUACACACAGAACAGACCAACAUACAACAAGUGAAGCCUCCUCAGAUGUGAACACUGGAAGAAAGAGAGAUCAGCUGCAAUACUCCGGUCCAUCGUCCCCUGUAAUGGAACCUGUGUGUAGAACGAGUGAUCAAUAUACCAUUUCUCCUCAAAUUCUUCUAUUAGGAAAACCAUCGUCUGCUACGGGAGGUACUUGUACGAAGACUGAGAGAAAGAGUGAUCAGCAGCAAUACUCUAUCAAUCAAUGUGGGACUCUGGCCAAUGUUGUUAGUAGCACUGGAUCUGGAAUGAGUGAUCAACAGCCUUGUUUGAGUGAGCAUGGUAAUUCUGUAAUGGAAGAUGUGUGCUUGAAGACGGAAGUACAUGAUCACGAUCAGCACAUUACUUCUGACAAAUUGUCUCCUGCAAUGGAACAUGUGUGUAUUAAGAAGACGGUGAUGAGUGAUCAACAGCUAUAUACCAACACAGCUGCUGAUGUCACUGAAGGAGAGACCUCACAAGAUGUCCUCACUUCAUAUCCACACACCAUUCCCUCAGGAGCUGGUGGACCGAGGACUGUGACCAUUGAGGAAUUGAAGGAGCAUACAAAAGUGACCGACUCUCAACUUGACACUGAAAUUGAAAAGAGAGACAUGUUGGACCUGGCAGAUCACUUUGACACUGUGGACACCUACGCUGUACAACUGGGACUGAGUCCUGCAGAGCAAAGUGAUGUCAGAAUUGCUCAGCUUGCUAAUGGCACACAAAUAGCGAUGGACAAGGCCUUGAGACUGUGGAGACAGCAUAAUCCAGGGGCCGCUACUUACAGAGCUCUGGUGGAGAUGCUGUUGAGAAAGGGAAAGGAAGCAUUGGCAUUUGAAGUUUGUCAGUCAGCAGCAGCUAAAAAACCUGUGCAGAGGAAAACCUGUGAUGUGCAAUAGAACCUAACUCUCUUAUAAUAAUUAUUGUACUGUCUUAGUUCCGAUUUGUGCUUUUUGUGUGAAUUCAUUAUAAAGUG